AGUAAAACGACACCCAACUUCAGUUCCUUUAAAGUCACUGCAGAGUCUGUACAGUUGCUAGCACGUCCCAGAUUUGAUAAAAAACCAUGUCGUUUGUGGACACAAUUCGGCAGUGGGACCGGGGGGUCGCACAUGCCGAUAAGAAGGCUUGGGCAGCUGCACUUGAGGUCUUCUUGGACAUCCAGGAGAAAAAUUCAAAAAUAUUAUUCAACAUUGGCUGUCUCUAUCUCAUCAAUCAGGAAUUAGAUGCCGCUGAAAAGGCUUUUGAUAACAGCAUCAGCAAAGACGAGCACUUGGCGGUCGCCUUCUUCCAAAGAGGAACAAUGUUUUACAAAAAACAGAAGUUUGAGGAGUCUUUAGGAGAUUUUCAAAAGGCCUUCAAAUUGUUACGAGGGAACCAGCUGAUUGAUUACAAGCUGUUGGGGCUGAGAUACAAGCUGUAUGCGUGUGAGAUUCUUCACAAUGUGGCUCUCACACAAGCCCAGCUAGAUCAAUGGGAGAAGGCUCAAGAGAGCUUACUUACUGCAUUAAGCCUGAAGACGGAGUCCAAGCACGAGCUUGUGGACCGAGCUCUGCAGUCUAUUUUGAAGCACAAGCUUUUUGCUUUGGUGGAGAUGCAGCCAGGGAUCCUAUUCAGACCCCGGAAACAUUACGUGGAUGAGCUGGAGAACAAGGAUUACAUGGGCAAGGCCAAGGUCAUUGCCUCUAUAAUCCCUCAGGACGAGUUUUCUGGGUUUGCGCCUUUGCAGCCUCGGGCAGAAGAUGUUCCUGUUCAGCCCAAAAUGCCAGAAGUAAUAAAAGCGCUGGAAGGGGAGCCUCACAGCGUACUGUACGAGUUCAUCCCGGAGACAGAGAAUGAGCUGGCUGUGUUACCAGGCAACAUUGUAUUUGUGCUCCAGAAAGAUGCUGAUAAUUGGGCAUCAGUCAUCUUCAAUGGAAAGAGAGGACUUGUUCCAUAUAAUUUUCUGGAACCUGUGGAAAUAACCCUGUCUUCCAAGCAAGGACAGGGGGGCGCUGUGAGUGAUGUCAUCCCAGCCCCACCCAUAGGAGUACCUCCAGUCAGGCCACAGAGGAGAGAAGGAAGCACAGACUUUUCAAAAGACGCAAAUGCUGCGAUGGAAGGCACAAAGGAUGAAGAAAUCCAAUUCUGUGUUGUGAAAGUACACUUUAGAUACACAUUAGCGAUCUGCGUAAUCCCUGGAGCAGCAUACAGCGUCGUCCUGCAGAAAAUUGGAGAGAAGCUAAAACUGCCUAUUCAGCAUGUAACACUAAGUUACACAGAAAAAGACUCUGGUCAGAGAGUAACAGUCAAUGAGUUGGAGAUGAAGAAGGUCUGGAAGAGUGUCCAGAAUGGCCGUCUGGUCUUGUGGUGUGAUGUCAGCUGGACACAGCAGAGUCAGUGCACAGAGCAGAGUGUCGCGACAGCGGACCUUAAGAAAGUGGUGGCUCUCCAUUCCUAUGCAGCCUCACAGCCAGAGGACCUUGCAUUUCACCGUGGCGAUGUCAUCACGGUCCUUUCCAAAGUGAAUGAUGAAUGGUUCGAAGGACAAUAUGAAGAUAAGGUGGGGAUAUUUCCAGCAUCUUUUGUGGAAAACAUAGGCAACAACGACCCAGCCUGAAGAUGUCAGGAAAAACUAUUCUAAAAUAAUGACAUUUGAAAUAUACCUGCUACUGCUUUUAAUUACUUGUAUUGUUUUCCUUAUAUGGCAUUAUUGAUGAUUAAAUACUGAGAAAUAUAGUAUUUG